UACGGAAGGAGGAUAACACCGAUUAAAGAUGGGAGCUUCACAGUCACAAGACUUGGAACCGAAACUCGAAAACAAUACGGUCGAGCCGAAGAACCGGGAAAAUAAUGUCCCGGUACGGCCGUUAACAACGGAGAAAACACCUGACCCUAAGCUUGUCAUCGAUCCGAAAUCAUCAAAGAAAACCGAGAAAAUACAACUUCCGUAUAACUACGAAGCCAUCUUGAAAGAUGCCGACUCGCAUGUCGGUAUGUCCGGCAUGGAUGAGUUGCUCCCUCAGAUUCAUUCCGGGGUUUUCUUGAACCAGAAGAGAAAGAAGUACUGGGUAGAUAAGAACAACAAAAACUGCUUCAUGUUGUUUGCAAGAGAUCUCUCCAUCACUUGGGCUGAAGACAGCCGUUUCUGGCACUGGACACAUCAAACGGAAGCAACCAGUGAUGUUGAAGUUGCUGAGCUUGUACAAGUUUGCUGGCUAGAGUUGGUCGGAAAAUUCCAUGUAUCAAAGCUCUCACCAGGGACAUUGUACCAAGUUGUCUUCAUUGUCAUGUUGAAAGAAGAAGCAUAUGGAUGGGAAGUGCCAGUGAAUUUCAGGCUUACUCUUCCGAAUGGGCGAAAAAUUGAACGCAAAGAGACUUUGAUGAACAAGCCGAGAGGGAAGUGGAUCGAAAAUCCGAUCGGAGAAUUCGAAGCUUCGUUCGAAACUGGUGGAGAAAUGGAAAUCUACAUCCAUGAAUAUGAUGCCGGGGGAUGGAAGAGCGGGCUUGUUGUUAAAGGAGUUGCCAUUCAGCCGAGAGAGCUAAGUUAAUCCGGUCGUUAACAGUUUAUCAAAUACGAACCUUUGUAAUUUUACGGGUCAUUUAAGUUCGAUGUUGUUUGAUCUA